AUGGUAGCCCAGAAUCAACCCACGCCGCCUUCGUCUACUUCGUCCAACAAUGGGGCCUCACCCGACGGGAAUCCCUACCGCGUGGUGCGAACGCGAAAGAGAGGGAGCCCGGCGGGCGUGAAUGCGUCAUCGGAUGACAUGCAGAAUCGUAUCGAUCGACUGGAAGGCCUCGUCCUCUCAUUAAUGACCAGUGGGGCGUCGGGCGCGCCGACCGCGGUCGCUCAAGCCGCCAUCGCAGCGAGUCGGAGUGAAAGCUUCAGUACCGCGUCGGAACCUGUCUCAGACCACACGCCGAUAGACAUGAUCACAGAGGAGGGCGAAGGUGAGGAAAGCGAAGUGGAAAACCUAUCACACGGAAUUGGAGUUAUGAAGAUGGACGGCGCGAAAGCAAUAUUUGCAUCCGAAGCUCAUUGGUACGCCAUUCUCUGUGAGAUCAGCGAGGUGAAAAAGUACUUCGAUUGCCACAAAGAGGACUUCAAACAGCGCAUGGCAACUUACGAGGCAUCGCAAGUGCGCGAUGCCAACGAUGGAUUGGCGUUUCUUCUUCAGAGUUUGCCACCAAAGGACAAGUCAGAACUUCUCGCUGAAUAUCCACCGAAGGUCGACGCGGACAGAUUGAUCGCGCGCUACUUCAACGCCUACGACCCAUCAGUACACAUCAUCCACGGUCCAUCUUUUCAGAAGCAAUAUCACAAGCAUUGGCUGAAUCCCUCGGAAUCGUCAGUCGUCUGGCUUGCUCUGAACUUUUCCAUGAUGACGUUGGCAUUGCAGUCGUACUCGAGGGCUGCCGACGAGCCCCCGGAAUACCGUGGCCGCUGUCUGCAUCUCUCCCAUGAAUAUCGCAAGCUGACUGCGCAAUGUCUGCAGCUUGCGGACAUCACCCAGCCGAUCUCACACAUGCUCGAGGCUAUGGUACUCUAUAUGCUUGCAGAGUAUGGGCGAAGCAAAGACGCCGAGCCUGGAGUUCUACUGCUUGUCAGCAUUUGCGUAAGAUUGGCCAUGCGGAUGGGCUAUCAUCGCGAUCCUGCUCCACAUCCGGCCAUCACACCCUUCCAGGGCGAGAUCCGACGGCGUGUGUGGACCUUCAUCUGUGGCUUUGAUUCACUCGUCUCUUUCCAAUUCGGUCUACCAGCAAUGAUCAAGACAGAUCAUAUGGACACUGAAUCUCCUCGGAACCUGUACGAUGACGAGCUCUUCGAGGAUAUGAAAGCUUUACCACCUUCGAGGCCUGUCUCAGAAGCGACCCCGAUGUCAUACAUGAUUACCAAGUCCAAGAUGAACUACCUUUUCGGCCGGAUAGUCGAACGCGCUCAGUCUCUGACGAAUCCAAUGUCUUACGAGGAGACCAUGAAGGCCGACCACGAGCUCCGGGAGACGCGCGCGCAGUAUCCGCCGCUGCUGCGAGCCCGCUCCUUUGCCGAAUCAGCCCGAGACCCUGCGAACCUGAUCAUGCAGCGCAUUGGUUUGGAGAUGAUGUUCUUACGUUGUCUGUUCGUCUUGCACAGGAAGUUCAUCAUGCGAGGGCGGGAGCAAUCGAAAUAUGCGUAUUCGCGCCGAACAUGUCUGGAUGCAUCCUUAGAACUACUCGGUCAUCAGGCUACCCUCCAUGCAGAAUCACAACCGGGUGGGCGCCUGCGGUCUGUCAAAUGGUCGAUCUCGUCCCUCACCACCAACGAUUUCCUCCUCGCCGCUAUGUUGAUCUGUUCUGAUCUCCACCACACCGCUAGCGAGGAGCGCAACGGCCGUAAGCCUGGCGCGGCAGCAUCGGUGCCCGACCUCUAUGAUCCAGGGAAGCGUGAAGAGAUGUUGCAAGCCGUGGAGCACUGUAUAGUCAUUUGGGACCAAGCCCGCGAUGCAAGCAUGGAGGCAUACAAGGGUGCACACGCGCUGCGCGUCAUGGUGGAGAAGAUUCGACCAAUCACUGAGCGCCGUAAGACUCACGCUCUUGGAGCGCCUACAGGCGCUGCCAACGAGCUUAACGGACAAUUGAGCCACAACGUCAACGGCCAACCCAGCAAUCCUCUUCUCCCGACCUCCUUCAACAACACUUUUACUGGUGUAUCCUCGAACGGCGCCAAGAUCGAGGAUCUCGCGCCGGAGCAGUCGGCGGCAAUGACGCUAGGCCUGCUCUCCUCUGGUGGUAUGCCACCGGGUCCGAGCUUCGUCAUGAAUGGUCCUCCCUCUGGGCCUUCUGGAGGAACCGGCUCAAGCGAACCACGAUCGCCGCAGUACCCCAUGGGGAUGGCUGGUCUCUUGAACGACAACGGCAUACCGGAGCGUACGGGUCUGACUCCUGGAUACUCCGGCGGGGAUGUUCACGGCGGCCCGCUCAGUCCCAUGAGCCAGAUGCUCGUGCAGGGCAGCGGAGCAGCUGGAGGCAUGACCGGUCUCAUGGGCGGCACUGACGGACUAGGUGCCGACAUUGAUUGGAGUGCCUGGGACUCGUACAUCCAAGGUAGUGGUAACGGCGGCAUGGAUAGUGCGCAGUUCUGGCCAAUGAAUCUGGACCUAAAUAUGGACGUCACGCAACAGCAACAACCUACGGCGAACAGCAGUGCGAAUGCAAGCGUCUUCAUGGGUGCGCCCAACAACGGAUCAAUGCUAUGAGAAUGGAGCCUACGUGGCUGGAACAAUCUAUGAUACUGCUAGUGAACACUCGGGAUUUGCUCAAGGCAGGCGGAUGUUUCGCAGCACACUUGUUUUUUCGGAAAAUGACACCGCGGGGGGAGCGACACGAUUGGGGUCUGCUCAUGGCACUCCAAAUUUCGGCGAAGACGCAAUCUCUACUUCUUGAGAAACAGCUCAGAGAUGCAGACCGAGAGUUUGGUCGUUGAUUCUGAGAAGCACAAAAGUCCUGCACGUAAG